AUGCGUCACUGAUGGGAGAGCGAGAGAGAGAGAGAGAGAGAGAGAGAGAGAGGGACAUAGCGGGGUUGACGUGCAGGAUGCUGUGUCCAACUGCAUGUUGCAACAUUAGGUCGGAUCAGCUCCAAUCCUCCUCCUCCUCCCCCUCCCCCUCCUCCUCCUCCUCAUCAGUCAACAUGUACGAAGUCACGUGACCACCUCCUGUCCCGACAGCCCGGUGGCCCGCGUACCACCAACACCGCCUCUCUCUCCGAUCCGGUUCUCCAUCCACCCUUAAGGAAUUUAUGAGCUGCACUCAGCGCUUCACCUUGCGGCAGAACGCAUGAAAGGCUAAUGGAUCACACACAGCAGAAACCACCCAUUGCACUUCCUCGUGGUCCCAACGUGCAACCUGGACGCUGUGCACUAACCACAGCAGGUCCAUGUCCACUUCAAGGACCCCCUGUCAUUGGAUCAUGUGGGACUGCGCAGGACAACCAGCCUGCACUCAAACCUCCCGCAGCGAGAGACCAAAUGCAAAUCAAGUCCGGGUCGGCCCCUGUAUCGUUGGCCGGCAUAAGCCGACCGAGACCCAGCGCCCUCGGGACGAAACCUGCUCCUCGACCCACCAGGGUCCCGACCAAGGAUAUAGAUUUGAUCCCGGUUUGCAUCCCAGGACCUCAGAGUGCCCACAUCCUGCCUCGUUCCCCAUUAGAGUCCUCGGUGUCUCCUCACAGUCCUCAGGCCUCCCUGAGCCCAAAUUGUAGUGUCAGUCCUCAACCACCUGUCAAUACAACACAAGCGCAGUGUCACAAGACCAGUGGCGAUAACAAUGACUUCAGGGUCCUCAUCGCCACAUGGAACGUGGGCUCGGCCGUCCCGCCGGAUGAUGUCAGCGAUCUGUUUGGACCCAGUGUGUCAGAUGGGAGUGUUGACAUGUUGGUCAUUGGGCUCCAGGAGGUGAACUCCAUGAUCAACAAGCGGCUGAAGGAUGCGCUUUUCUCAGACCAGUGGAGUGAGCUCUGCAUGGACACGCUCAGUCCCUUUGGAUAUGUCCUGGUGGCAUCCCAGCGGAUGCAGGGCGUUCUUCUGCUGGUCUUCUCCAAAUUUGUCCAUCUCCCGUUCCUCCGAGGCGUGCAGACACAGAGCACUCGUACAGGACUCGGCGGAUGUUGGGGUAACAAAGGUGGCGUGAGUGCAAGGAUGACCGUGUUCGGACACCCCGUGUGCUUCCUCAACUGUCACCUGCCCGCUCACAUGAGGAACCUGGAGCAGAGGAUGGAGGACUUUGAGAGCAUCCUGCAGCAGCAGCAGUUUGAAGGAGGGGCUGCGACCGGGAUGCUGGAUCAUGAUGUCGUGUUUUGGUUUGGAGAUUUAAAUUUCCGAAUUGAAGAUUAUGACAUUCAUGUGGUGAAAUGUGCAAUUGACAGCAAUAAGCUCCCCCUACUAUGGGAGAGAGAUCAGCUCAAUAUGGCUAAAAGCACUGAAUCCAUCCUGGAAGGCUUCUUGGAGGGUCCACUCAAAUUCCCACCCACGUAUAAGUUUGAUGUGGGCACACAUACAUAUGACACAAGUGCUAAAAAGAGGAAGCCCGCAUGGACCGAUCGCAUCCUCUGGCGCCUCCGCCGCACAGGCUCCCCUGUUCCUACCCACAAUGCAGCACUCCAGAGGGGUCUGACCUCAUGGCUGGGUGGCGCAACCAAAGUGACACAGCACGCAUACAAGAGCCACAUGGGCUUCACCAUCAGUGAUCAUAAGCCCGUGUCGGCCCUGUUUUCCCUGCAUUUCCCCUUCAGGGUGGACAUGCCUCUGGUGGAGCUGCAGGCCAACAAGGAAUGGUUCAAAGUUUCCGACGCCACAGUCAAGUUCACCUUUUCGUCCAAUUAUCAUCGCAGCUCAUGGGACUGGGUAGCCAUAUACAAGGUUGGAUUCAGACACCACAAAGAUUACCAAGCAUAUGUGUGGGCCAAAGGGGAGCACGCAGGACAGGUGUCUUUUUCGGAGGAGGACUUGCCAAGAGAUGAUUGUGAAUACAUCCUGGGCUUCUACAGUAAUAAUAUGAACAGCAUUGUUGGAUUGUCAACAAACAUCCAGAUUAAGCUUCCAAUCCACAGUCCGUCAGCACACCGCUCCGACAGCUCUGAGGUAAGUUCGGAAGACGACAGCACCCUGGUCCUGCUGGCUGCGAACUCCCGCAGUCCGAGCCCUAAACCCAUUAAGCAUCAUCACUGCCGCCACCGUCGUAGCCGCAGCCCCGCCGUCCCGGCUCUCUCGUCCAACCCCCUCCCCUCCCUGCAGGGCCUCAGCCUGUGUCCCCUGCCCAAAGAGACAGGCAGCCGCUCACCUGGCUCCCGCUCUAAAAAGGAACGACUGUUUUCCACCGGCUCUCUGUCGUCUCCGGCCGUCAGCCCGCUCAGUCCCCGGAGCCCUGUGUCUCCGGGCGGAGGGGUCACGGCACCGGAGGCCCUGAUUGCCGCCAUGUUAGGGGAGCACAGGCCUGCUCAGGUUAGCCCCACGGGGCUCAAACAGCUUGGACAUGCAGGGGGAAACAACACUUCAUAGAGGAGAUGGACCCUGAACUAUGUCAUGACUCGUGUGUGUGCAACCCUGCAAUUCUCUAUUUCCGAAGCAUCUUACACUGUGUUUAUCCGGGAGUCACAUCCCAAUGACAAGUGCUUUUAUAGACUCACAAACUCCAAUGUGUAGAAACACACAUAUUGAAUGUGAAGCCAAACAUGCAGACAGUCAAAAUAUGGAUUGACUUUAUUGAUGUGCGUGUUGGAGAUGAUGCGUGUGUUGGCCUUUGUCAUGAAACAAAUGCUAAAAACUUGCAAUCGGGAUUAAGUGAUAGUUUCAAAUUGAACUGGAGUUCCUGGUCAUUAUUCAUAGCAUUACCAAAUUUAACAUUUAAUGAAUUGCGACUUGAGUCACUGACCGUAUAUAUAGUGGUUUACUCACCUGAUUUCCAUGCAGGUAGCGUGGGUUCAAUUCCCACUCAGCGACGAGGUGAAUGUGAGUGUUGUCUACCUCUAUAUGUGCUCUGUGAUUAAGAGGCCACCACUCCGAGGUGUACACCGCCUUUCACAUCAAAUGUAUUUAUUCAUUUAAAUUUUUUAUUUUAUUUAUGUCAUUAAAUAUUUGGUUAAUUGAUUUAUUGUGAAUAAUAAAAGACAAAAUAUUUGUUAAAUAAACAAUAUUACAUAUACAUUAAGACGUUUUUGUUUAAUUCAAUAUUUGGUUAUUAAAAUUAAAUUAAUUGUAAAUUUAAAAAUAUUAUUACAAUAUAUAUAUAUAUUUUUUUUUUUACACAUUUUACAUACAAAUUCAACCGUUUUUUUUGUUAUUUUUUUAACCUCAUGUACUAAUGAUCUGGCCCAUCUGUCCAUUUUAGAAAUGUGGCCCCUUGAGCACGAAAGUUUGCCCAUUCGACCAAAUAUUGGAACCCUGUCCUAUAGAACUCAAUGAUUGGAUGUCAAAUCAAAUGUUUUUUUCGUGUGGUUUGCUUCAAAAAUCUACAUUUGUUUGCAUUCUUCUUGGCUGUGUGUGUGUGUGCUAAUAAAGAGUAACAAACGUGA